AUGGAGGUGACCGUGGAGGAGCUGGACCGAGCCGUUAGCCGCUUGAGAGCGCGAAAAACCGCGUCGGGGCUUGACGGAAUUUCUGGACGGGCUCUGGUGCCGAGUCUGGCUACAUUGGGGGACAGGCUAAGACUGCUAUUUACCAGCUGUCUGCGGAGCGCCACGGCAUGGAAAGAAGUAAGGUUGGUCCUCUUGAAGAAGGAAGGCAGGGCCGCAGAUUCUCCCUCUGCGUACCGUCCUAAUCCUAUAUGCGUGUUGGACGAGAUUGACAAAUUGUUCGGAAAGAUAGUUGCCACUCGGCUCAACAGACAUCUGUCACGCGUCAGUCCCGAUUUGGCUGAUAGCCAAUUUGGAUUCCGACGGGAGCGUUCCACUGUAGAUGCCAUUAUGCGCAUCCGCUCCCUGUCGGAACAAGCACUAUCCCAGGGUGGUGUGGCGUUGGCGAUAAGUCUUGAUAUCGUCAACGCCUUUAACUCUCCACCCUGGGAUGCAAUAAGGAGGGCAUUAGCACAUCACCAGGUACCUACCUACCUGCAAGACGGAAUCGAGGACUACUUGCGUGAUAGAUAUAUUCUGUACAUGGGGCAAGAUGGUAGGAAGAUCCGGAGGGAGAUCAAACGUGGGGUUCCACAGGGCUCAGUGCUGUGUUCACUACUGUGGAACCUCGCGUAUGAUGCGGUUCUGCGUGUCUUCCUGCUGGCGUAA